CUCGAGUAAUCGUGAAAAUGACUCAGUUCACUCACAUUUCUCCCCGUGAUUGUCGCCGAUACGUUCUUGUCGCUCACGCUCCGUCGCUCGUUUGAAUUUUCGCGAAUUUUCUUUUUCAAUAAUUUCAUCUCGAAGGGGUCAUGGGGCGUUUCACCCCUUAAAACAGCCCAUUAAAAAAUAAAUUUUUGAAAUUAGUGAUAAUUAAAAUAAUAAUGAAAAUGACUCCCCAAUGUAACCCGGUUCUGCACUACACGAAACAGCCCCUACUGUUGUCCCCCAAUAUUACUAAUCAGGCGAGCGUAAUUAGUACGGGCGCGAACCGGAAAAAUCAGAAAAACGACCGGAAGAAACGCGACAAAAAACGAAUAAAAUGCGUGAUAGUCGGGGACAAACAGGUGGGAAAAACCGCACUGGCCGUCUCUUAUAGUAACGAUAGUUUUCCUAGCGAAUAUGUGCCCACCGCAUACGACAAUUACAAUGUGGACGUACAAGUGGACGGAAAACCAAUUAGACUGGAAAUCUGUGAUACGGCCGGAGAGGACGACCUCGGCGGUCCCUUACGAAGACUCUGCUACCCAGGAGCCGACGUGUUCAUGCUCUGCUUUUCGGUGGUGCGACCUUCUUCCUUCAAAUCCGCUUGUGAGAGGUGGGCCGACGAACUCACCCGCCUGGGAGUCCCCGUGGUCCUGGUGGGUUGCCAGGCUGAUCUCGUGAACGACUUCGACGCCCUCACGCGUCUCAGACGACAACAACAAACGACAGUUCCUCUAAUGAACGCCAGGGAUUUGGCGCGACGUUUGAACGCCACUUACGUGGAAACUUCCGCGAAAACUUGUAACCAUUUGAAGGAGGCGUUCGACGAGGCGAUCAUUUGCGCCCUAAAGAGACGAAAGGUGGAUCACAGACAGCGGUGGUAUAUGAAACUGUGUUGUUGGAAGUAAACGUUGACGCUGGCGCUAUCUCUCGGUUUGGGUCUGAAAUUAACGUGAGAGUUUCGGUUUUAGUGAGGGUAUCGUGGCUCCCUUUCGUAAAAAAAGUGUUUUAAAGUGUGAUAUUGUAUUUGAUGUUUAUAGUGUAUGGUUCCCAAGGCGCGUUUUAAAAUUAUCGAUAACUGUAAAGUUUGAACGGCCGUUGAAGCGAAGUUCGGAAUUUAAAUUAAUGGGAAAUUUUUAUCUAAAAAGGCUUGUAAGAGCCCAAUAAUGGGGAUAAUAUGGUAAUUUUAUGCUUGGGAACCUUUUAAAUAAAGUUUUACAUUUUUAGAUUAUAUAGCCCCUGGUAACAUGUUUCUUUUUUUUUUAAAUCUCCUCUCAUUCAGUCAGUAUCUUUCGUGUUAUCUCAAAUCCACUUUUGGCUGAUAAUGCGAAAUUCCAAAAGUAAUAAAAUAGUCAAUAAGUGGGCAAUUUGCAUUAUCAUUAGAUAAAUGAUUGUUUGUUCUCAGAUAAAUCACGGCAGCAUUGAACACCACUACAGGGUGUUUCUAAGACCCUCAACUUCCAUAUGUAAAUUGUGAUAUUUAGUUGUUAAUAUCGGAUAUAAUUAUUCGCUUUUAUCUUAAUUAUUAAUACUCGUUAAACUGUAUAAAUUAUUAUUGCGUAUCGAUAUUUAGCCUAGUAUGUGAGUAUAUAAUAUAUAUGUAAUCAUGUAUAUAAAUUUAUACAUUUAAUUACGAUAUAGCGUGUUUUUUAAAUGAUAUAUACAGUUUUUUAACUAUCAUA